AUGUCUAUCCCCUCGGAGACCGCAUCAACUACAAGCUCGCAUCUCUCCGGCAACCAGCCAGACCUCCCCAUCCCAAUUACUGGGGCCAGGAAAAGAAGAAGAAGCUCUUUCCUGGACUACGGAGGACCCAACUCGAUCAACAACUUUGCAUCUUCGCUCAAGCGAUCCGUCAACUACCUCUCAUCCUCAUUGGGCAGCAUUGGUCACGACGCUACUGGCGACGCCGACGCGUCCAUUGACGGCAUCCAGGGCCGUUCUCCCGUGUCCCUGGCCUCCCCCGGUGUCCCUGUCACCGCGGAGACCCCUCUUCUCGCCGGGGGACCGCAGAAAUCCCCGGCAAGCUACAUCCCGGCGACGGAAACAGCCGUUUUGCACGAUUCCAUGCCUCACCGCCUCGCCCGCGUGCGAUCCCCGCUCACGAAAACGGUCCCCGAGGCCCCGGAGGCCUCAGAGGCUGUUCCUACAAAAUCCACCCCGCUGCAGACCAUCUUCAACAGCAUAAACGUGCUCAUUGGGUUGGGAAUCCUCUCCGUACCGCUUGGAUUCCACAUGGCCGGCUGGAUCCCAGGCAUGGUCUGCCUCCUGCUCGCCGCCUGCAGCACCCAGUACACCGCGGUGCUCCUCGGGCGCAUUUUGCACCGCGUCGAAAGCGUCCGCACCUACCAGGACAUCGCCGUGUACGUCUAUGGGCGUUCGGUUGGAUACUUCAUCUUGCUAACUUUCUCGCUCGACUUGUACGGCGCGGGCGUUUCGAUGAUCAUCCUUUUCGCCGACUCCUUCAGUGCGUUGAUCCCCUCGCUUUCGCCAACGAUGCUCAAGCUCCUGCUCUGUACCGCCCUCCUCUUCCUUAACCUCAUGCCCUUGAGGUUCCUCUCCUUCCUCUCACUUUCCGGUAUCGUGUGUACCACCAUGACCUUCAUCCUAAUCGUGUGCAGCGGCCUCUGGAAAGCCUCCCAGCCCGGCUCCUUGCUGCACCCAAUGCCGACCAACCUCUUCCCGACCAGCUUCCUCGAUUUCUGCUUCUCGCUUGGCUUGUUCUUGGCGCCUUGGGGUGGGCACGCUACCUUCCCAGAGAUCUUCUCCGACCAGCAGAACGAGUCCAAGUUCCCCCGCUGCAUGAGCAUCACCUUCUCCUUUUGCUACGUCAUCAAUGCUCUAACCGGUAUCGUCGGCUUCCUCAUGUUCGGCUACUCCAUCGACUCUGAGGUCACGAGAAACAUCCUCCUCACCGCCGGCUACCCUGCCUCCAUCAAGAACGCCAUCGUCAUCAUGAUGGGUGUCCUUCCUCUCUCCAAGUUACCCCUAGUUUGCCGGCCCAUAGUCACUGCUGCAGACAAGUUUGUGGCUUCUCCUUCCCGCUCCAAGUGCUCGCUCCCUCGCAAGUUCCUCAACAGGAUUAUUGUCAGUACUGUUUACCUAGCCUCCGCACUUGUUAUCACAAGCUUUGGUAAGGUGAUGUCUCUCCUAGGUUCUGCUAUUUGCUUUACUGUUUGCAUCACUUUGCCCGUGCUAUUCUACCUAAAUGUCUUCAAAAAUGAGAUCACCGCAACCCACAGGACCAUUUUAUAUUUAAUAUUGGUUGUCUCUGUUACCUGCACCAUUUUUGGUUCUGUCAGUGCCCUUAUAAAGUAA